UGGCGGGGGCCGAGGAGGGACAUUUUAAAAGGGACGGAGAUUGCGGGCGUCAGUGGCCAUGGCGGAUACAGCGACAACAGCAUCGGCGGCGGCUAGUGCAGCUAACGCUGCGACCGAUGCGCCUCCUUUUCAGCUGGGCAAACCUCGCUUCCAGCAGACAUCCUUUUAUGGCCGCUUCAGGCACUUCUUGGAUAUCAUCGACCCUCGCACACUGUUUGUCACUGAGAGACGCCUCAGAGAGGCUGUGCAGCUGCUGGAGGACUACAAGCACGGGACCCUGCGCCCUGGGGUCACCAAUGAACAGCUCUGGAGUGCACAGAAAAUCAAGCAGGCUAUUCUACACCCGGACACCAAUGAGAAGAUCUUCAUGCCUUUUAGAAUGUCAGGUUACAUUCCUUUUGGGACGCCAAUUGUUGUGGGUCUUCUCCUGCCCAACCAGACUCUGGCAUCCACUGUCUUCUGGCAGUGGCUGAACCAGAGCCACAAUGCCUGUGUCAACUAUGCAAACCGCAAUGCUACCAAGCCUUCCCCAGCAUCCAAGUUCAUCCAGGGUUACCUGGGAGCUGUCAUCAGUGCCGUCUCCAUUGCUGUGGGCCUUAAUGUCCUGGUUCAGAAAGCCAACAAGUUCACCCCAGCCACCCGCCUUCUCGUCCAGAGAUUUGUGCCAUUCCCUGCUGUAGCCAGUGCCAAUAUCUGCAACGUGGUCCUGAUGCGGUACGGGGAGCUGGAGGAAGGGAUUGAUGUCCUGGAUGCUGAUGGCAACCUCGUGGGCUCCUCCAAGAUUGCAGCCAGACAUGCCCUGCUGGAGACGGCACUGACUCGAGUGGUCCUGCCUAUGCCCAUCCUGGUGCUUCCCCCGAUUGUCAUGUCCAUGCUGGAGAAGUCGAAUGCUGUGGUCUCCACUCUGGGGCCUGCUGGAUCAUGCACCAUGGAAAGCUCUGGACGGCUCUCUUGCAGGCGCGCCCCCGGCUGCUCCUGCCUGUGCAAAGCCUCGUGUGCCUGGCAGCCUUCGGCCUGGCCCUGCCACUGGCUAUCAGCCUCUUCCCGCAGAUGUCAGAGAUUGAAACAUCCCAAUUAGAACCUGAAAUUGCCCGGGCCACAAGCAGCCGGACAGUGGUGUACAACAAGGGGCUGUGAAUGGUGGUCAGCUGGCCUAAGGACAGCACAUUGUCCAGGCCAGGGAGGAGUUGCGGGUAGGAAGGAGUUGCAGAGGCUGUACCUGCAGGGGAGUCAGGCUGGACCCCACCAGGCCUGGGCCACCUGGGGAGCACUCAACCCACAGUGGUAGGGAGACUAACCCAUUCACCUUUUAACAUAGGUAAGGGAGAGGGAUUUUGACACAUUUCCUAUAAAAAAAAAAAAGUGCAUUUCUGGGCCUUACAUGGGGUUGUCAAAACUCCACUCAGCACAAUUAUGUGUGAAGCUGAAAAACUAGGAGUGCCCAUAGGGUAGACAUAGGAUUCUUUUAUACUUUUGUUUCUUUUUUUAUUUUUUUUUUCUUCUUUUUAAAUAUCAGAGUCAAGUCUGAGCCUUGGUUGAAGCAGACCAGAAGUGGCAGGUGCACAGGUGGCCUGGGAUCUGGGUUGGUUUGGUGGCUUGCCUGAUAGAUUUAGGAUAUUAGAGUGGCCAGGCCAGAGUGAAGAAGGGAAAGGAGGUCGUCUGCACUCCACAGGAUGAACUAGCCAUGACAAGUCCUCAGGAAUGGCUCAAGGAGUCAAGCAGCCCUGGCAGGCACUGAAUGUGGCCAGCCCUUGGGUGGCAGGCUCUGAGCGUGGCCAGCCCCCACCCAUGCCACAGCUGUGGGACCAUUUCCUGAGUGGAGCACAGUGGUACGGGGCUGAUUUUGGAGCUUUCACUGAUUUUAGUUACCUGAGAAGACCCCCAGCUCCAAGAAGAGAGCCCCAAGAAGCAAUGAUGUUUGACAGGAACCAUAGGCCUGUGCUGGCCUCUUUGGGAAGAUCUUCUUUCAGGUGUAGGCUGCAGGCUGGGCAACAGGCUGAGGAUAGGCUGGAUCUGGGCCAACCGCUGCCCUGAAAGUCUCCAGCCAUGGAACCUGCCUGCCCCAUCCACUUCUUUCUGAACAGGAGUGUCUCACACCUGAGGGUGCCAAGGCCAGAAGCCUACGACCUAUCUGAGAGGCAGCAUCAAUCCAGGAAGGGUGGGCCUAGUUCUGGCACUAACAGGCUAUGUGAUCCUGGGCAAGCCACUUCCUUCUGUGAGCCUCCACCCAGCCCCCACCCCCCACCCCCGUGCGCAGAAGCAGAAUACAGGAUCAAGGGUUUCCCACAACUUCCAGUUCAUCUUUGCCUGUUCUGCUCGGAUGCUGGUUAUCUCAGGCAUAUCCUCAACAUGGAUGCUGGCCUGCAAAAGGAGCAGGCCUGUUUGGGAUUGGCCAGCAGCUGGCCUCAGAACCUGGACCAUGCCCUUCUGUAUGUGACCCCACAUCCCAGAAGCACUUGACCUUUGCCAAACACUUCACUGUUCUGGAGGAGGAGGUAGCAUGGAUGCCUUUGCAUGAGCACGGGCCCACAACUGCAUCCACCACUCACCUCUGCAGGCUCAGAUGCCGUUGCUGCUGGCUCUUUCUCCCAUUUGCAGGCAAGGGAGGAAGAGAGAAAAGUGGGAGGCAGGGUGACUCCUCACCUGAAAGGCCCAAAGGGAGAAUCAUGGCCUCGAUGUACUCCACACCUGACUCCCUCUAGGAUGGGCACUCUGAACAUGCAGCCUCUGGGCCUCCCUCUCCUGGUGACUUGAGAGGGAUCUAGGCUGGAAGCGAACAUGUGUGUGCAGGGAAAGGCAUGUGUGAACAGUAAGACAUAGCCACAGGCAGUCUCUCCACAUCUUGUGGGACAUGUAGUUGUGGUGAGGUGGGUCUUCCACGGGCACUGACACAUGCACCCGUGGUGCCCAGCAGCUGGUUCUGCAAGAUGUUGCCCUGAAGGUCCACCACACUCUGGAGGAGCAUCUGUCCACUGCUCAUCAGGGAAAGAAGAUGUAGAUCAGUACAGAAGACAAAACAGGCAGGUAUUUUGAGCCAAUCCCACUGUAAUGUGAAUGUUCCAAUCACAGCUGGCUGUGCUGGUCUCUAGGUCUGGACUGGAACCUGGGCAUGUCUGGGUCCCCCAUUUUUUUUUUUUAUUUUUUUUUUUUUUUUUUUUU